AUGCAAGGCCGCGAUGAGUCGGAGCGACAGCUCAUGGAAGCCGGCUUUAACAUACUGGAGCGAUCCAUCAUGUCUGGAUCUGACAACCAGUUGAGGAAAAUAUCCAUGUCUGCGUCUUACAUUGCGCUCGAUCAAGCACGCGACAACGCGAUCAGCGCGCUGCGUUCUCCCUUUGCGCUUAUUUAUAGCAAAAACCUCUUCAGUAUACGUCGUCCUUCCUUCUCGAUGAUGGACUCGUUUGUCAAAAGCAGGAAGAUCAGCCACAAACCCGUUUCAAGCCCUUUGCUUGUACUAUUGACCUAA